AUAUUCCGUCGUCCGAUCUAUUUCCUAUAGAGUUUCUUCAAAAAUAUAUUGCUUACGCUCAUAGAUAUGUAUAUCCGCGCUUAUCAGAGGAAGCUCGUAAAAUUAUUAAACUCUCUUAUAUUAAGAUGAAACAAAAAUACCUUUCUAUGGAUCAAACGUCCAUUACUAUUCGCCAAUUAGAAACAAUGAUAAAAUUGGCACAAGCGCGAGCAAGAAUGGAACUGCGAGAUUUAGUCCUAUGCUCAGAUGUCGAAAAUGUUGUUGAAAUCAU